AUUGGUUGACCCACAUUCCCGACGUCACCGGCCGCCUGUGAUUGGUCGACGGGGAUUUGUUUUGCACUCUUCAGACUUCCUCCUUUCUGCGUGUUUUCAUAAACAAACCACAUAUUUCUCCCGCUUGGGCCGCCGCGCUGCCGUCCUGCCAUCCUGUCAGCCUGCCAGCACUGUCGGACUCCUGCUCCUAGUUUUACCGGAGGCCGUGGAGGAGCUUUGAGAGCCGGUUUUAACGUAGAAAGACGCGGUUAGUAACCGGGGCUCCGCAGCAACAACAACCAGCAGCAGGCUGUCUGUGUUGUCUUUAUUGUCCGAGCGUCAACGCGUGGUCGACGGUGCGACCGAGCUGACCUGCUGUUACCUGCUUUCAUUAGAUGAUCUUCAUCUGUCAGUCACAUCUGUCCAGCUGUGUAGACUGAGAGGAGCUCCGGUAGCAUCAGACAUGGUGAAGCUGACAAAGGCCAAGACAUUCCAGGCUUACCUGGACUCCUGCCACCGUCGCUACAGCUGUGUGCACUGCCGCGCCCAUCUGGCCAACCAUGACGAUCUAAUUUCUAAAUCUUUCCAAGGCAGUCAGGGCCGAGCCUACCUCUUCAACUCUGUGGUGAAUGUCGGCUGUGGUCCUGCGGAGGAAAGGCUGCUGCUCACAGGACUUCACGCAGUCGCCGACAUCUACUGUGAAAACUGUCACACCACGCUGGGUUGGAAAUAUGAACAAGCUUUUGAGCUGAGUCAGAAGUACAAGGAGGGGAAGUUCAUCAUCGAGCUGUCCCACAUGAUAAAGGACAACGGCUGGGACUGAGCGGGGAAACCUUCAUCUUUCUUCAUGACUUUGUUUCUUUCAAAAGUUGCAUCCCCUCGACUUAAAAAGGGUUCCAGUGUAGCUUCCUCAUCCUGCGUACGAGCCAUCGCUGUGCCACACUUUCACUUCGUACGGCUUCGCCAAGAAAUAGCAUGUGAUGCCUUUUUAUCUUUUUCUGUUCUUCAUGUUUUUUCCAGCGACCACAUCAACAACACAUUUGCUGAUAUUGCUAUCCCCAAUUGCUAGUUGUGCUGGGACAUGGACUGAAUGAGUGCAGGGGGGUUUGUGUGUGAAAGACUGGGAACAUGUAGUCACACAGGCGCGUGUGCAUGUUGGGUUUUAAAGUGUUUGAGUGAUGGCCGCUAAACAGCCCCGCUGUGUGGGAGGGGGGGCGAGGCCAGUGCAAGUCAAAUAUUCUGACCUUCUUACACAGCAGAUGCAGGUAUUUGGGGUUUUCCUUUUUGAGAUUAAGGUGCACAUUUAGACGUAUCUGGCCCAAGCUGAGUAAAGUAUGUAGGCCUGUUUAACCCCUUAGAUCAUUUCUGAGUGAUGGGAAUGCUUAAAGCAGUGGGAGGGCUUGUUUUUUUUUUUUAUCAGUGAAAUUCAUGUUUUUUAUGGUAAAAUCAGUUACACUUGUUCAUAUUUUGCUAAAGGCAAUCAGGAGGUUGAAUUAGUGAUGUUAAAGCCCGUAAACGUCUCCUGCAAGAAUUCUUAAAUCUGGAGUAUGAGUGUCUUCUGCUUGUAGGUAUACAUUUUAGUAUGUGUGUGUGUGUGUGUGUGAGUGUGCUGAGAUGUCUUAAGCUGGAUGGUGUUGAGAUGCAUUAUAGCCUUGGGGUUCACAUCUAGAGUUUUCCGCUGCACAGUUUGGGAUGUCUUCACUUUUACUUCAUGCUGAUGAGAUCUCUCCUCCAUGUGUUUGUGUAUAUACAGGCUAACACGGAGCUGCCCCCUACAGAUACAUUUACUCAAUCGUGUUAGAGCAAAAGUGUGAUUAGGAUUAUGUAGCAUAUUUAUGGUGAUUUUUAAUGUCUGCUUCUUUCAUUAAAGUGUAUUAUUUUAACCUAAUCUUUCAUUAAAAUACAGCGUGUCUGUAACUUGC